CCGUUCAGAGGAGAGGAAAACUAAUCCGCAGUUCAGUUCGGUCUCGCGGAGUCUGGUGCUUGCCUGAACAGCGCCAGUGCUGACGCGGACUCUGUCCGCGGUGCUGAAACAACUCAGAGCGCGCUCUUGCACGCUCGCGGAGGCGGUUCGUCGGGAUGAAUCGUUCUUCUGUUCUCCACUCGGCUGGCUUUGGUCGAACUUGAGUAAGAGCGCUUUUUUCCCCUCAUGGCUCCGUACACUGCAUCGGUGCUGUAGGAACGCGAAGCAGCUGUAUUCCUCGCUGUGACGGGAAACGGAUUCGAUUUCGUCUUACGACCUGUUAUGUGGAAGCUUUAACUUUGCUGGGAUGCGCAGUGGAAAAUGGAAUGUCUUAUUUUCUUACAGUUAGCUCGCGUUCUUCUUAAAGUUGGCAAAUUUCAAUAAUAUCUUCUUGUUUGCAUAUUAUUGGCGCACUGGAGGUAUACAACAAGAAAAAUACAACCGACUGUUUUUUUGUUUCCUUUUACUAAUUUAUUUAUUGCCUUUUGCGACGCAUCUGCAGAAUUUGGAAGUUAAAAUGGAAAUGCUGCUCAGUAUACUGGAUGUUCGAAUGAACUGGAAUUAUAACCGUAUACACUGCUUUUAGCGUUCCCUUGUUUUUCCAUUACAGAGAUCAUUAAGGGUUUUUUUCCUGCUUUUGUCGCUUACACUUACUAGAGGAAAACGGUAAUCAUGCCCCCGAUCAGGUUAUAUGCAAAGAACACCUCACUCGUGCUAUUUACAGAACAUUGGAAUGGACAGCGACAGUGAUAUAUUAAUUUCUUCAAGAGACAAAGUGAAAUACGGAUUACUUAUCCCCGCGGGAUUCUGACAAUAUUUCUUUGCCAAAUGGUUCAAGAGGAACUUGCGCUCUCCGCUUAACCAGUCCAACAGGGGACAGGAUCCGCACGAUUCCUAAUCCAACAAAUUGGAACCAGACCAUUUAAACGCGGAAUACCGCGGAGAAAGAUGGGCCCUCCUGUUCCAGCGACCUACGUCGUCCUUCUCGCUCUGAAUGCCGCCGUCUUUCCGGCGUCCAUCACUCCCGAGGAUUACCCCGCGGACGAGGCCGACCGGACGGGAAGCAAUGACGUCAUUUUCGACGACUACAGAGGCAAGGGCUGCGUCGACGACAGUGGCUUCGUGUACAAACUCGGAGAGCGCUUCUUUCCCGGCCACUCAAACUGCCCCUGCGAGUGCACGGAGGACGGUCCCGUGUGCGAUCAGCCGGAGUGUCCCAAAAUACACCCAAAGUGCACCAAAGUGGAACAUAACGGUUGCUGUCCGGAGUGCAAGGAGGUCAAAAACUUUUGUGAAUAUCGGGGAAAGACUUACAAAAUCCUGGAAGAGUUUAAGCCCUCGCCCUGCGAAUGGUGUCGCUGCGAGCCGAACAACGAGGUGCACUGCGUGGUGGCGGACUGCGCCGUCCCGGAGUGCGUCAACCCCGUCUACGAGCCGGAGCAGUGCUGCCCCAUCUGCAAGAACGGGCCGAACUGUUUUGCCGCGGGCACCACGAUCAUCCCGGCGGGCAUCGAGGUGAAGGUGGACGACUGCACCAUCUGCCGCUGCCACACGGGGGACUGGUGGAAGCCGGCGCAGUGCCUACGCAGGGAGUGCCUGAACGGCCAGACCACGUCGUAGGGACCCCCCCCCCCCCCCAGAGAGAGAGGGGGGCGUGGACGCAGGAGGCAGGGGCGGAGCCCACUCAGGGACCGCCCACCGGCUGCGACUGGAGCACAAACCUUUGGGCGAGCCGAGGACGAAACGUUUCGGUUCGGCCUAAACCGUUCACGUACAGACCACUCCCACCCCCCGCCCCCCCCCCCUACGUAACCAACGGGGAUAUCAGCCCGACGCCCUCCAACAGCAGUAGCUGGGCUUCUUUCCUACCGUAACUUUUUUUUACGUGCUUACGCUGCUUACCCUUGACAGGCUAUAUCUCGCGCGACGGGGAUUUUGUUUUUUUUUUAAACCCCCAGAUACUCGGCGCUGUUACACACACAGUCUCUCUCUCUUUUCAGGUCGUCUGGUCGGACUGUCACUGUUUACCGUGCGGAUUUAAAAAAGGGGUGGCACUGGGCGGGGCGGAACCGAAUUUGGGAAAGGAACGCUCGCGCAGGAAGCGGCACACGCGCCUGUUUGGGAACGUUA